AUGCUCCCCUGCUUGCGGAGAGUGCUGCGGCCUGCCUUCUCCCUCAGAGCCGGGACUGGGCUGACCGGAGCCGGCCUCAAAAACCAUCAAACACCCUCCCUGGCAUCGUCGGUGCAGUUCGCCUCGGAGCCCCCGGUUUCCGUGGUGGUGCAGCGGUGUCACCUGGGCACGCACCCCCUAAAGGAGCCGAUGGAGCCCCUUAACUCACCCCGAGGAGCCAAGGAGUUUAUUUAUAGCCUUCAUCCGUCUGAGCGCACCUGUCUGCUGAGAGAGCUGCACAGGUUCGAGUCCAUAGCCAUUGCUCAAGGGCAGUUGGAAAUUGCACCACCCACUGCAGCACAGUUAAGAUAUGUUCUGCUGCACAAUGCACUCCCUUUUGUUGGAUUUGGGUUCCUGGACAACUGCAUCAUGAUUGUUGCUGGCACACAGAUUGAGUUAUCAAUCGGCGUGGUUCUCGGCAUUUCAACUAUGGCAGCUGCUGCCCUUGGCAACCUGGUAUCAGAUCUGGCAGGGCUGGGUCUGGCAGGUUAUGUAGAAGCUCUGGCGUCUCGGUUGGGAAUGCAGAUUCCUGAUCUGAGCCCAAAACAGGCCGAUAUGUGGCAGACCAGAGUCAGCUCUCACACGGGUAAAGCCAUCGGCGUGGGCAUCGGCUGCAUCCUCGGCAUGUUUCCUCUUCUCUUCUUCAAGGACGAGGAUGAGAAGAAAGAAGGCCAGAUGGAGGUGAAGGAGAAAACGCAGUCACCACCUGCUCCAGCAGAGAGCAGCAAAAACUGAAACGGAACUGGAGACAAAUGCUAUUUGGAAUCCAUUUGAACACUUGACUUAAUCUGACACUGACUGGAGCGUAUGGAAAUGUCAGUGAACUCCGUAUGGUCCAAUCACGUGGCUCAAUUGAACUAUCACAGGUAUUCUGAAGAGGAUUUUAGAUAAUAUUUCAUUGCAAACUCUGAACUUAAGCACAGGAAAGCUCAUCAUCUCUUGAAGAAACAGGACUGCUGCUAACCGUUGCACCGUAACCUCACUUUGUCUCGACUGACCGACACGGCCGGAAACGUAUUUGUCUAAGACGCUGCAGCGGCCUCCUCGUUUCCUCCGAGUCUGCUCAGUGAGAGAUAUCUAAACUCUAGAUUGUUAUCUGCAUAUAGGAUAACUGACAGUUUUAAGCACCCCCUGAAAUUUUACAAAUGAAUACACAGUUAAAUCUCAGUCGUAUUAAAAUCUUAAACUUCAUAGGAAAGACUGAACGAAGAGCCACGUCAUUUGUUCAGUUUAGUGUUUAAAUACCUUUUCUGUGUUUCCUUGUGAGUUUUUGAUGGUUGUAAACCAAGGACUGAGUGUCUUCAGUUUUGCAAGCAUGUAAGCUUUUGGAUUUGAUCAAGGUCUCAAAGUCCCAGCUCAUCCACAGGCCUUGACAGCUAGUCGGCUGCAGGCGAUUGAAUAUGUAACACCUGAUGGCUUUGUUUUUUUUUUUUUUUUUCUUUUUUCAUUUUUUGGUCAAGCAUAUAUGUACUGCAUAUAAGCUUGCAUGUUCUGCCAAAGCAUUUCCACAAGUCACUGAAAUGUGCUGAGAAGCUGAAAUGUGUACUCUAUGCGAACAGCUUUGAAACCUAUUUUUGUUUGAAGAAAAGGAGCGGAGCAAGAGGCAGAGGGAGGAAGAGACGGUGAACAGCUUUGGCAGAACGAUAUGAACUACAAGCUGUGGACCACCUGAGACCUCUUUCCCCAUUUGCACUGAUCCUCUGGCUCAUAUAUCAUGUGAUGUCCCUCUUUCUGCUCUGUAUUUGCGGCCUAGAGCCAAUAUCCAACAUAUCCCUUCCAAGGCAAGUUAAUAUGCAACCUCUUCUGAAAGCAACCACAGCACAGGGGGGUAGUUUAAAUGUUGUUUUUGCAUAAUGUGUUUGUUGUUGUUUUCAUUCUAAGAGAUGGCUGUUACAGGAUGUGCAAACGGGCUGCAUUUCCUCUUGUCCCUCAGUUCUAAUGUGUGUUACUGCCCUCCACUGGCUGAGACACAAAGAUUUUAUUUUUGAUUUUUUUUUUUCUUUCAACUUGGCAGACCUGCUACAAGCCCCCACGCACGUGGGGUAUAAUUCGGCCCCCAGCACCACAAACCUUAGCUGCUAAUCUUCUCCAGCUAUAAUUUCCAAUCUCACUGCAUCAUUUAUCACCCUGUAAUUAUUGUUAAAAUGAUUCUCCUUCAGGGGCCGAAAUGAAGGAGGUAAAUAUAUGAGAAGGAGCUCCGUGUCACAGGGAGUGUAUUUAUUUUGUUGUAACAUUCAGACUGAUGUUAAUGUGCGUUUGUAUUAUGUUUCCUCUUUAUCUCAAAGGGCCAUGUUCAGAACAGAAAAUAUUUAUCAGCACAAAAUAUACCUUUGAGUAUAUUUUCAGCAGCGUUCUGUCCCAGGAAGGACCGCUUUGUUCCAGUCUAAACUCACUACACUUGUUCUAAAAACACUAAGGAGACUUUACUCUGUAUAUGACUGUUCUAGCUAUUUAUUAUGUGGGUAACAUGUGAUCCUGAAGAGUGCUAAUGAAGAAAAUAUAUAAAAUGAACACAUGCAUAUAUGUAGCUAGGAUUUUUGAUCUUGAUUGCUUGAUUUACACCUUGCAUGCACUGCUAAUAAAAAAAAAAAAAA